AUGUCAGAACCUACACCCGCUCCCACUCCUGCUCCCCCUGCAUCUGACCCGACUUCAACCGCACCUGAACCCACAGCUGCAUCUGCAUCGACCCCAAUCCCACAAACAAACGACGCUACUGCAUCACCUAUCAAAGCACCUGCAGCUAUACCACCUCAAACGUCCACAUCUACCCCAGUCAAUGCCUCAACACCUCUACCUCCCACCACCGCACCGAUCGCGGCCCCUUCUCCCGCUCCCAAUGCUACUGCACCUAGACCCACAGUGAUGCUAGACGAAGAGAAGAAAUUGGAAUUGGUGAAAGGGAUGGAUCUAGCGAAACUGACAAUGUUGAGAAAAAGAACAGCAGAACUUCAAGCUGCUGGUCAUACAAGGGAAACUUCCUCGGAAUUAGGGAAAUUGAUGAUGGUUCUGGAGAUGUAUGCCAGAGCCAGGCAAAUUGAACUUGAAAAACAAGCCAAAGCUGCUGCGGCUUCAGCUCAACAAGAUACUAACGGUGAUUCACCCGCUGGACCAAGCAAUGGAGCUUCUCCUUCAACGGCUCCUGCCCCUACACCGACACCUGCUCAUGUAUCGAUGAACCCUGCUCAAAUCGCCCAGCUUCGUUCCCAAGCUCAAGCCUAUCAAUCCCUCUCCAAAGGUCAACCCGUUCCCUCCUUCCUCCUCAAUGCAGCUCAAGGCAUACCUCCAGCUGGUAUUGCGGGUCAGCCUCUUCCUCAAUCGCCUCUUAACGAGAUAGAAGCUAAAAUAGCCGACAAGACCGUCGAAUCUAUUGUCCAGAAUACUGUAGAUCAGAGCAAGGACGAUGGGCAACCCGAAAAGACUACUCCGCCACCAAAAGAAGCUGAGAAGGUAGAUGGAGAAGUCAAUGGAUCAGGAGCGUCAAGUGAUAACGAGAAAGUUGUCACGCCACCAGCGACUGAACCCGCACCUGUCGUGCCCACCGGACCACCAUACGCCAUGGAACUAGACCAGUCUUCUCUCAUCUACCCUUACAAUGCUUAUACCCAUCCCUCCAUCUACGGCAACCGGAAAUUUGAUGAUGAGGUAGCCAACCCCCUCAGCAAGAUGCAACGUCUUGUCGCCCCGUCGCUCAUGCCCAAAGGACUCGACCCAUACUUGUUGAUGGAGGAGAGAAACCGAUAUGUCGAGACUCGAAUGGCAUGGAGAAUGAAAGAGCUCGAACAGAUAUCAUCAACCGCAGGAUUAGGUGAACAAGGUGCGAAAGACGUCCCAGGUAUCGUCGACGGAGAAGAUAAGAAACCUGGAAGUAAUCUAGGUAUUCAAGCUAGAAUUGAACUGCUUAGUCUUAGAUUAUUAGGCAAACAAAGGUUACUUAGGGAAGACGUCGUUCGAGCUAUGCACGGAGCUACUCAAGUCCCAGCUGAUCGAUCUCAAUUCCGCCGAUUCCGUACCCAUACGCUUAGAGAUGCUAGAGCUACGGAAACUGCCGAAAGGAGACAAAGAACGGAACGAGAACAAAGAGGUAAACAAAGACAUCUGGCGUAUAUCAACUCCAUCUGCGAACACGGUCAAAAUCUCAUUGGUGCUGGUGUAGGAACCUCAAGAGGAUCAGGUGCGGAUAAAAUGAAGAGGUUGGGUAGAGCGAUGAUGAAGCUUCAUGCUGAUACUGAGAAAGAGGAACAGAGACGUAUAGAGAGAUUAGCAAAGGAACGUCUGAAAGCUUUGAAGAACGAUGAUGAAGAUGCCUAUCUGGCUUUAUUGGGAGAAGCCAAAGAUUCGCGUAUUGGACAUUUACUCAAGCAGACCGAUCAAUACCUGGAGACCCUCGCUGCUGCCGUGGUGGAACAGCAGAACGAUGAUGUUCAUCGAGAUCAACAGAAAUUGGAAUUACCCUUCGAGCAAGAAGAAGGUAUGGCUUCUGAAGAGAUGUUCGGUGCUAGACGACAGGAUGGGGAAGAAGCUGGAGCAGAGAGGAAAGCAGGAAAAGUCGAUUACUAUGCGAUAGCCCAUCGGGUUCAGGAGAAGGUUACUAAACAGGCCAGUAUACUUACUGGAGGUACACUGAAAGAUUAUCAGAUCAAAGGUCUUCAGUGGAUGAUCAGUUUGUAUAAUAAUAGAUUGAAUGGUAUCUUGGCUGAUGAAAUGGGUCUUGGUAAAACCAUUCAAACCAUAUCCUUGAUCACCUAUCUGAUCGAAAGUAAACGACAACCUGGACCAUUCUUGGUAAUCGUACCAUUAUCAACGUUGACGAAUUGGACUUUAGAAUUCCAGAAAUGGGCACCAGCCGUUAGAACUUUGAUCUUGAAAGGUUCGCCUGCGAUUAGAAAAGAGUUAUAUCCAAGAUUACGUGCUCAAGAUUUCCAAGUUUGCCUGACGACUUAUGAAUAUAUCAUCAAGGAGAGACCGAUGUUAUCCAAGAUCAAGUGGAUACACAUGAUCAUUGAUGAAGGACAUAGAAUGAAGAAUGUCAAAUCGAAAUUGAGUCAAACGUUGAAUGAACAUUAUUCGAGUAGAUAUAGAUUGAUCUUGACUGGUACGCCGUUACAGAACAAUUUACCGGAGUUAUGGGCAUUAUUGAACUUCGCCUUACCGAAAAUCUUCAAUUCGGUCAAAUCGUUUGAUGAAUGGUUUAACGCGCCAUUUGCCAAUACAGGUGGUGAAAAGAUGGAGAUGAACGAAGAAGAAGCUUUGUUGGUCAUCAAACGUCUACAUAAAGUACUUCGACCUUUCUUAUUGAGAAGAUUGAAGAAAGAUGUGGAAUCUGAGUUACCGGAUAAAGUGGAGAAGGUCAUUUAUACCAAGAUGUCCGCUCUUCAAUGGAAAUUAUACGAGAGUGUACAGAAAUACAAACAAUUACCUACGGAUCUAACUGCUGCUGGUAAACCGCAAAAACGACAGAAUCUACAGAAUGCUCUUAUGCAACUUCGAAAGAUUUGUAAUCACCCUUACGUGUUUAGAGAAGUGGACGAGGACUUUACUGUUGGAAAUACAACAGAUGAACAGAUCAUUAGAGUGUCUGGUAAAUUCGAAUUGUUAGAUAGGAUCUUACCCAAACUAUUCAAGACUGGUCACAAGGUUCUCAUGUUCUUCCAAAUGACAGAAAUCAUGACCAUCGUCUCCGAUUUCUUCGAAUACCGAGGAUGGAAAUACUGUCGAUUGGACGGUAGUACCAAGGCUGAAGAUCGACAACAAUUGUUAUCGACUUUCAACGAUCCGCAAUCACCUUACCAGAUUUUCAUCUUGUCCACUCGUGCGGGUGGUUUGGGUCUAAACUUGCAAUCAGCCGAUACUGUCAUCAUCUACGACACCGAUUGGAACCCUCAUGCGGAUUUACAAGCUCAAGAUCGAGCGCAUCGUAUCGGACAGAAGAAAGAGGUCCGAGUACUCAGAUUGAUCUCCUCUGGAACUGUGGAAGAACUCGUCCUAGCUAGAGCUCAACAGAAAUUGGCCAUCGAUGGAAAAGUCAUUCAAGCUGGUAAAUUCGAUGAUGUCACUACUGGUGCAGAAUACGAAGCUUUGUUAGCGAAGGCUUUCGAGACCAAUCCUGACGACGACAAUGAAGAGACCAAUGAGUUGGAUGAUGACGAGUUGAACGAGCUAUUAGCUAGAGGAGAUGAAGAAUUAGGUAUUUUCACCGAGAUGGACAAAGAACGAAAAGCGAACAAAAUUGAGAAUUGGAAGUCGACUGGUAAAGCGGGUGAAUUACCUCCUCCGUUGAUGCAGGAAUCGGAAUUACCUCCAUUCUACCGAAGAGAUAUAGGACAAGAGAUGGCAUUGCAAAUUGCCAAUGAGGAAGAACAAGGUCGAGGUCGAAGGAAUAGAAACGAAGUGCGAUAUACGGAUGGACUAACGGAUGAUCAGUUCCUGGCUGCUCUUGAAGAUUCGGAUGACGAUGUGGAAGAAGCUGCUGAUAGGAAGAGGAAAAGAGCGGCGAAUCGAGCAGAAAGGAAAAGAAUGAAUGAACUUCUAGCUCAAGCUGAAGCGGAAGGCAAACCUCCACCUUCGCAAACUCCCAUCACACCUCUACCGGUCAGUGGACUGAAAAAGAAAAGAGGAAGACCAAGCAAGAGUGCGACGCCGUCGUUGGGUGGUGACGAUGUAGUUCCAUCCACUAAACGACGAAAGAUCGGUGGAGCUGCUGGUGGAGGAGCACCGAUAUCAGGUCCUGAGCUGGCAUUGAUGAAAAAUUUGUUCGAUGAGACAAAUAAGCUGAAAUCGGAGGUAGGCGAAGAUCUAAAUCAGUUCUUCUUGGCUCCUGUAAGCAAGAGAGAUUACCCCGAUUAUUAUGCUAUCAUCGCCCAACCUAUCGCCUUAUCUCAGAUCAAAACUAAAAUUGGUAAACCUGGAUAUACCAUUCAGAAUCUCAAAUCUGACAUGCACCUCCUAUGGGAUAAUGCCCGGACAUACAACGUAGAGGGAUCAUGGGUCUAUAACGCCGCGGAAGAUAUGCAGGAAUUUUUCGAUAAUCUUUGGUCGACCGAAUAUCCCAAACUCGCUGCUUCGAUCUCAACAGGAGGAGAAGAUUCAGGAAAUACCAGCGGGACUUCUACGCCUAUGUUCAAGGCCAACCCUACUGAGAGGAUCACUGCACCGAAAAUUAGGAUAUCAAUGGGUAAGAAGAAGAUUGAAGCUAAGGCUGAACAGGAGGAUGAGGAUGAUGAUCAGGAUGAAGAUGAUGAUGAGGAUGAAGAUAUGGGUGAUGAUGAUUAUUAG